GUUUCUAUCUUAGUUUCGUGUCGAGGAAUAUGCGAGACUCACGCGUGUGUCGUUACGACGAGUUUCGGAAGUCGCAUGCGGGUGUUCGCGAAGUUUACGCGGUGUUAGAAGGUUCUUCGGGAUCGUCCGAGGAUACGAACGACGUUUAGGAAGCGAUCGAGAGAGAAAAUACGUACGGCGGGUCUGACAAAUCUAAUGUCAAUAAAUCUGUCGCGCGGGAUCAGAGGGAAUCUAAUCAUCGAGCAAUCAAAGCUACAAUCGAGGACGACGCGCUCACUAUGUAAAUGGGGAAUCUAAUGAGAGGAUACCCGCGAUAUUCCAAAAGGAGAGAAUAGAAAAUGCCGCGUGCGCGAACAGAGGUGUUCGAUCCGAUGAUGGAGAUAGAGAAACCGUCGCGGUGCAUGAGAUUUCUACGGUUGUUGUGGAAAUUCAGCAGAUGCGUCUUCUCUCACGUGACGCUCAUAUCCUUAGUGGUUGCUUAUUGUCUCAUCGGUGCAUACGCCUUCGAGGCACUGGAGGCGAAUCAUGAGAAGGAGGUGAAGAAGAGCAUCAAGAACAUACGCGGAAACGUGUCGGAAAAAUUAUGGGAAAUCACGAAGGAUUUCGACGUGUUGAUUCGCGACAAUUGGACGGAAAAGGCGUUAAAGGAGCUCAAGGAGUUCGAGGACAGCCUCCUGAAAAAAAUGUCGAAGGAAGGAUGGGAUGGCAGCGAGGAAGAGAAUAAUAUACAAUGGACAUUCGCUGGCGCUCUAUUCUAUUCCAUCAUUGUAAUCACGACAAUCGGAUACGGUCACAUCGCGCCGAAAACGAAAAAUGGAAAAGUGGUGACUAUUUUUUACGCCAUUCUCGGCAUUCCACUCAUGUUGCUCUGUCUUUCGAAUAUCGGAGACGUGAUGGCGUCCAGUUUCAGAUUUCUAUAUUGGAAAGUAUGUUGUUACGUAUGCACAAAACCGCCGAAAAAACGACGAGGGCGUAAUACCUUUGUCAGAUCGUACUCCGUCCGUCAACCAGGGCGAUAUGGAUCAAGCAAAGGUCCGCUUCGCCGAUCCAUCAGAGUGAGUCAACGAUCAGCUGAUUCGGCCUUGGGACUUUCCGAGAGUAUGACGAAGUCUUCAUACUCCGACACCGAUUGCAGAUAUAUGCAUCGACGAUUCGAAGGAACCGAUUCGAAAGUGUCAAGCGCUUAUGCAUCUUCCACGAAUCAUCCGAUGGAAACUAAGGCCGCGACUAUGCCACGUUAUUCAGAUAUUCCGAUGGCUACUCCAAAAAGUGUAAGAGCCAGCCCCAGGAUGACGACGCAAUCGUUGGACAGAAAAUUACUAAUGAAUCCGAACGACGCUGACCGCUCGCCAGUUUUGUGCAACAAAUAUGCGUUGGACGAUUUGGAGGAUGAGAUGCUGAGAUGGCAGUCAUCAUCUCGAACUAGAGAGAAUUCGCAGAGGCCGCAAAGCAAUGGAACGACUGAGGAGCCGGAUAGCAGCGAGAAGCAAACUUCCCUUAAUCCUAGAUCCUUGCCGAGGAGAUGCCUCUCUGUGGAAGGUGCCACGACGAAUCAGAGAACGAAUUUGACGUCAGGGCUCCGACCACCUUCGGUCUAUUUGGAAAUGGAGCAUAUGAGAAGAUCGCAAUCCGGCAAGAGUAGACGCAGCAGGAGCAAUUAUUCCGUCGCGCGGUCUUUUAAGCGAGGACCAUCGACGCCGAGGAUUAUGUCGCCGAUGGGAUUCGCUGUGCAUCGACAAGUUUACGCUGACGAUAUCGAUUUUGACUACGAGUACUAUGCUGCCGCGGAUGAUCAUGAGAGACAACCGAUCAAGCCCGUGCCUAUCUGGCUGUGCGUCUUCCUAGUUGUCAGUUACAUAUUCGGCGGCGCCUACCUCUUCAGCGAGAGGGAAAAAUGGUCGUUCCUCGACUCGGCUUACUUCUGCUUCAUCACGUUAACCACCAUUGGUUUUGGUGACUUUGUGCCUGCGUACAAGCUGGACGCGCAGUAUGGUAUCGCCCUUUGUUCUCUCUACUUGCUAUUUGGAAUUGCCUUGCUGGCAAUGAGCUUUAAUCUGGUGCAGGAGGAGGUCAUCAACAACGUGAAGAGCGUCGCGAAGAGGCUGGGUAUCAUCAAAGAGACCGACGACGAGGCAGAGGCCGAAGACUACGACGAAUACGACGCAGAGUACGAGGAUGAGGUCUAUGAAAACGAGCCCAAGCUGUGACUCCAUGUCUCUCUCUCUCUCUCUCUCUCUCUUUCUCUCUCUCUCUUUCUCUCUCACUCUCGGUUUUCCAAGCUUACCAAUAGGACGAGAUCGGGAACCGCGACGUUCAUUCAUCAUCCCAUAGAUCCGUCACGGGAUCCGAGAGAUCUCUUUCGAUUCACAUCAAGAUCGACGUACAAAUUAGUUUCACGACGCGAAUUCCCGAUCGAAUAAUUUAUUUUUCUUUUCGUUUUUGGAUAAGCUAUUUCAAGAAAAAAUCAUUACAAACGAUUAAUCAUUUUAUAAUAUAAAAUUGAAUUAUAAAUACGCUGAUUUAAAUAUUUUACCGACUUGAUUAAAAUUAUUAUAGAACGGAUCAAUGUGACAACAAAAUUAGUAGUUAUUGUGAACUGAAAUUAAAAUGGGAGGGUAUUUAUUAAAUAAUCGUAAAAUCGAAUCAUCAAAAAAUGAUAAAUUAUUAACGAUAAAUUGUUAACACUGGAGAUUCGAGUCUGAUUUUUUGAACGAUCUCAAUAAUCUCUUCUUUUUUACAGGUGCAAACUGCUGGUAUUGUAAGAAAAUUUUAAUUAACUAAAGCUAUAAAGAAUUCUUGACCUUUUCAGUUUUUACGUUGCAAAUUUCGACAUUAUUAAAACAUACUGUUAGUUGUGCUAAUGGAACAAUGGCAAGGGAGAAACCAUGUCUUGCGAGCGUCACGAAGAGAUGAAAAUACUUCUAAUAUAUAUAAAUCUGGGAAUUAAUUUCCACAAAAUGAAUAAGUGAACAAUCGCGGAAUGCAAUUAAAUUUGCAUAUACAUUACAGAGUGAUAGCUUUAAUAUCUAGAAUAUUUGCAUUUUGAAUAUUUUCCUUUCUCGUUAUUUUUUUUGUAG